AAAGGAGGGACCAGCUCAUGUUUAUGGAGUUAGGAAGAAGAGCAGGAUCGUUGUCAUGAGAAGCUUUUUGGAUCAAAUGUGGAGCUUCACGGUGUGUGUGAGGCCCGCGGUGGCGCUGCUGGUGCUGGGAUGCUCGGGUCUGGUGAGCUGUGAUAUCACGGACGGAAACACGGAGCAUCUGAAGAGGGAGCACUCCUUAAUGAAGCCGUACCAAGGUGUCGGCAGCAGCCCGUCUAGUCAGUGGGACUUCUGGGGAAGCACUUUGGUGACGAGCUCGUACGUCCGACUGACUCCAGAUGAGAAAAGCAAGCAGGGAUCCAUCUGGAACACUGUGCCUUGUUACCUGAAGGACUGGGAGAUGCACGUGCAGUUCAAAAUUCACGGGUCGGGAAAGAAGAAUCUCCACGGCGACGGCAUCGCCAUCUGGUACACAAAGGACAGACUGCAUCCAGGCCCUGUGUUUGGAAACCAAGAUCAGUUUCUUGGCCUGGCUAUGUUUUUGGAUACCUUCCGCAAUGACCUCCAUGGGAUGGAUCGUUCUUUCCCGUACAUCUCGGCCAUGGUGAACAACGGCUCGGUCAAUUACGAUCACGGCAAAGACGGCCGGUCGUCGGAACUGGGAGGCUGCUCGGCCGAGAUCAGGAACAGAGAGCACGACACGUACCUCGCCAUCCGCUACUCCAAAGGAAGACUCACUGUGAUGAUUGACGUGGACGACAAGAACGAGUGGAAGGAGUGCAUCGAUAUUGGAGGCGUUCGUCUUCCUACUGGAUAUUUCUUCGGUGCCUCAGCGGCUACAGGAGAUCUGUCCGAUAACCACGACAUCAUCUCCAUGAAGCUCUACCAGCUGAUGGUGGAACACACACCUGAGGAGGAGAACCUGGACUGGACCAAGAUCGAGCCCAGCGUCAGUCUCCUCAAGUCUCCAAAAGACAACAUCGACGAUCCGACCGGUAACUUCCGCGGCACGCCCCUCACCGGCUGGAAGGUCUUCCUGCUCCUGCUGUGUGCUCUGCUGGGGAUCGUGGUGUGCGCCGUGGUGGGAGCCGUAGUUUUCCAGAAGAGACAGGAGAGGAACAAGAGAUUUUACUGAGGAAGGAGAAGAAAAAGAGAGAGAGCGAGAAAGAAAGAAAGAAAGAAAGAAAGAAAGAGAGAGAGAGGUUUUUGUCGUGGAAUGAACUGUUUCCAGAUGACAGAUUCAGCACAUUCAAUGUGAAUUUUUUUUCUAAAGAUUGUACAGAUGUUUAUAUCUUUGAAGCACUGAAUCGGGAGUGAAAUACGGUAACAUGUGAUGUUGGGUAAGAAGGUGCAAAACUAGUGGCGACCAUUAUGAGAGAGUGAUCCUGAUCAAUGCUGUUUUGUUUUUUGGGUUUUUUUUUGUCUUUUGUGUUCAUUCAUUGCAGGGUUAAAAUCAACAAACUGUCAUUGUCCAGUUUUUCCAUUUCUCCUAAAAAGACUCUGUUCCUACGUGAUUGUCGCUUCAUCAGCUUCCAACCCUUCCAGCUUUUUUUAUGCUGCAGAUUGUGAACUUUGACGUUGAAUUGUGUUUUUUUGUUUUCCUUUUUUCUUUUUGUCGUAUUUCAGGGUAUUUUACAUGAUUGUUGAUCGGAAGAAGCAACGUGGCUCCUCAUAGAAAAAUCGGCUGGAUUUUAGUUUUAGGAUCAGUGACUAAUGUUGCGUGCUGCUCUGCUACAACACAAUAAUGUCCCCAGAAUAUCAGCGUUUAACGUCAACAGACACCAUCGAAAUUUAUUGAAAUGUGUUACUGCUGCUCUCUUUUUCAUAUUUAGAGACUCUAAACUUUUGGCUGCGUUUUUUUUUAGCUAUGUUAAAAUAACUUUAAAUUGCUUGAAACAUCUUCCCCACAUGUAUUUGAGAAAUAACUGGAUGAUGGGAUUAUUGUGGGUUAGAAAAACCUAUAUAUUGUCUUUAAAUAACCACUGAGUACUUAAAGUUUUCCUCUUUUUUUUACAUUAAUUGGCAAAUAAGUGCAGAAACACAAACUGAAUCACAGCAAAUCAACUGUUAAUCAAACUGUGUGAUGACUGCUUAGACAUAUUUCCUCUUUGGAUGCCUUUAUUUGGAUGUUUACUCUCUCUGCUCAUGCUAAACAACCAGUUCUGUUUAUUCCAAAUUAAUAAUAUGGGGCUUUACGCAAUGUUUUAGAUCCCUUCCACUAACAUGGAUGACAUUUAUAUAUAGAAUAAAACCUUUAAUCAUCGUUAAAAAAGUAAUUAAAAAUCGUCAGAGUGUUGAAUCCUUCCCGUGUUAUAUUUAGAGAUUAUAUAUAUAGAGCGGCAAAUCGGCAGUGAUCUGAAAAUAUAAGGAUUGUCACUCUGUUAAGGACGAUUCUUGACAAACAGUAUCAUUUUGCAUCAUGAUAGUAUAACCUCUGAAGUUGAUAUGAAGUGUUGUGAAGCUGUUGCUACUCUCUCUGUAGUAUCUAAUACAGCAGAACUUUUUUUUUUUUUUGCCCCUUCAGGGUCUUUCUGAGCAGCGGGUUUGUUUGUUUUUUUGGGGGGUGUUUAUCCAGAAUAUGCCUUUAUUAUCAUUCUAAGUGUUUGUUUUUUUUCGGUUAAAGGUACCCUGAGGAGUCGUCAGUGUUACUCACCCAAACUCAUUGUGUGUGUGUGCUCAGGUUUAACAAAACAUGUCAAAUCAAUUUUCCUCCUCUUUUUUUUUUAAACAAUUGGAAAGCUGAUUUAACUGAACAGAUUAAAUCCUGCUUCUUUAUUUUUUUUUUACGUCCAUGUUUACUAGCGUGCAGUCGUCUUCUUCCCUGUUUUUGUUGCCCCGUUGCUGUAUUUCUCAGUGCGUUACAGCCCCUCGUACAUCAGUGGAAUAAGUGCAGGAACGUGGAUGCUGAUGUGCGUUUAUAAGACGGUCAAACAAACUCCACAGGGUACCUUUUUAAAUAAUGCUAAAAUUGUGAUUAAAACUUGAGUGUGGUAAAGAAACAGGUUCCUUCAGUUCACUUCCUCAGUAUAAUGAAUAUAAGCAUAAUUCACUGCUACAUAUAAGAAGUGUGAUUACUGAAUAGUAGCAGACAACGUUGAUUUAUGAAGCUGUAUCGACUACGGAUUGAUUGUUCAAAGGCACAUUUACACUGGCAGUCCUGUCCUUUUUUUUUAAACGUGUUCAAUUUCAUAUUUCUUAGUUCUUCCAAAAAUGCUCUGGUUUGGUUUACGCAUUUAACAUUUAACAGAAAAUGUUUAAAAGUAAAAAAUGUAAGGAUUUGAUUACACCUUCAUACUUUUAUUUACAGCUGAAACAUGCAGACUGGUUUGGGGUUUUGUUUUGUUUUCCUCUAACUUUUAAUCCGACAUUUUUUUUAAUCACUGUGUUCUUGAAUCAAUUGUUUGGUUUCUUUCUGCCACAUCAGUUCAUUUUUUUUAAUGAGACUUGAAACAGCUCUUCUCAUCAGAAAUAAUCUAUUAAAAUGAAAAACAAUU